AUGAUGGUGAUGCAUUGUUGGCACUUGGGUUUUGCUUUGGCUGUACGAAUUUUGAGUCCCCGUUUCUCUCUUCCCUUCCAUGCAAAAAAGCUCAUCCUAUGUUUUCCCCCUUUUCUCUCACACACACAUACAUACAAUUUUUUAUUUAUUCUUUUGGAAUCAUCCUCAUUGUCUUUGAGUUCCCUUUAAUUUUCUUUGUGGUUGGCUUCACUUUACACUCCAACAACAACUCAAAGGUCACAACUUUUACCUUCUUUACCCUUUCGCCUCCCUUAUUUUCCGAACAAUAGAACUUCUUCUUCCUUCUUCCUCCCUAACCCCUAACCCCAAACCCAACGCAACAACCCCACCUGGGGUGGCCCCUAUUACCUCACUUUUCUUGUUUUGUUGGGAUUGCAUGCAUCAUAGUUUUGUCCCUUUUUAUGGUUUCUGGUCUCUUCUCUUCUUCUUCUUCUUCUUCUUCUUCUUCUUCUUCUUCUAUUUUUGGAAGUUCUCAUUUGGGUUUUAAUGGAUGUUUGACUUUCAUGAUUGAUUUUCUUUUGUGAAGCAAAAAGAUUGGAUUUUUAGCAUGUUUUAAGAUCCAUUUUCCUCUUUAAUCGGUUUUCUUGAACUUUUCAGAAACUGAAAUAUAUCUGGACCGAAAGGAUUCUGUUUCUUUCUUGGCUUUCAGAAAUUGUUUGUAUUUCUGUUUUCAGAUUUCAAGAAAAAGAGGCUAAUCAAGUCUGAUUCUCUGACUGGAGCUGAGGAUUGAACUAUUAUGGGUUUUUGUUGUUUGGUUCAUUGAAUAUUGUUUUGUUGAGAUGAGUAGUAUCUGAACUUAAUUGGAUUGAAUCUCUAAUGGACUUGUCAAAUUGUAAGCAAUUGAGACUUUUUGGAGUCCAUUUGAAUUUCUUGGCUGCAAAAUGCUUGUUGUUGGUGGUCAUUGCUUUGUUCCUUGGAACUGUUUUGCUUCCAACAUUCUCUGGACUUAGUGGGGUCAUUCAACAGAACAAAUUUGUCCUUGUCCAUAACCGUUCAUUCUCGUCGAAUCAACCGGUGAAACAGAAGUUUCUUGAAGUUCCUCAGAUUGUGUGGGGAUUGAACAAUCAGAAGAUUGCUUUUGCUAGAGCUUGUUUGACUGCACGAAUGCUCAAUCGAACAUUGUUGAUGCCUAAAUUGAGUGCUUCGCUAUUUUAUAAAGACUUCGAACUUUUGAAGCCUAUUUCUUUCGAUAAGGUCUUCCAAUUUGAAAGAUUUAAUUCAGUUUGCAAAGGGUUUGUCCAAUUGAGUCGUUAUUCAGAUGUUUCGAAUCAAAGUGAUGUUAUCGAACUUCAGAAAGGCAAUGGAAGAAGGUGGACAUUGGAAAAAGAUUUGGAGCAGUUGAAUCAGUUUAGUAAGCAUCCAUAUAAUGCACAUGAGAUCGUUCGGAUAGUAGGGAAGAACCCCUUUUUGUGGCAUGACCAUUGGCCAACUAAAGACUAUGCAAGGGUUUUCGAAUGCUUAGCUUUAGUAGAGGAAAUAUCGACAGAAGCAGAUAAAGUUGUCUCCAAGAUUAGAGAAAUAGGAAUGGAGGAUAGAAGUAAGAAUCCAAUGUCAAGCUCUUUGUCGGAACCGGUUCCUUUUGUGGCUGUGCACAUGAGAAUAGAAAAGGAUUGGAUGAUUCACUGUAAGAAGCUGGAGCAGAGAUUAAAUAUUAGUGAAAUUUGUAGUAGUAAGGAGGAGAUAAUGGCUAGAGUGGGGAACAUUGACGGUCUUAAAACUCCUGUAGUCGUUUAUCUUGCUGUUGCCGAUACUCUUCUUGAAGACAAUACUGUCUUGAACGGUUGGAAGGACGGGUUGCAUCCUUACGAGAAGAAAAAACUAGGUGUUUUUGAUUUAUACAAGAAGCAACCAUAUCUAUUUCAAUCUGCUAUCGACUAUGAAGUCUGCUUAAGAUCUGAUAUCUUUGUAGGGAACAGUUUUUCAACAUUUUCAAGCCUUAUUGUUCUCGACAGAACCCAAAAGAUGAUUAAAUCGGGUGAGACAAAGUUGUGUGGUUCGGAUGUUAGGUGGCCUUCUUAUGCACACAAUAUAAGAGGAGCAGGGAAUAGCCCUCAUCUGUGGGUGACAAAUAUGUCUGACACUAGCUUGACGGCAAUUAGCUAUGGUUCUAAUCACAUCUCUUGCUGAUGGCUCUCAAGGAUUGAACUACUUAUUAUUUGUCAGCCUUUGGAUGCAUGUAUAAGAAUGCAGAUGAUUGGGUUUGACUCUUCUUUGAAGUUUCAUUGUCUCUGCAAAAUCGAUGCUGAUAUCUUCGAGGUCUUUUUUGGUUAAAGAGAUAAAUUAUACAAAUCCUAAAGUAGCUUUGUGAGGAUUGUGAAGAGUAGGUAUACUUUUGCAUUUGUGUAGAGUUAUAUAUCUCAGGUUUUGCUUUCAUUUUUUGUUGAUUUACAGUAAAUUGUUGAUAGAGCACACGCUUUCGCUGGAAGCUUUGUAUGAUAUACUCUUUGUUGUUGUCUAAUGUCUUUCGGAAACAA